AUGGCAGGUUUCUCUUGGCAAUGGGCUUUCGCAUUUGGACUACUUGGUAAUAUAGUGUCGUUCAUGGUGUUUCUUUCUCCAAUACCAACAUUCUAUGCAAUCUACAAGAGGAAAACAAGCGAAGGUUAUCAAUCAAUUCCAUAUGUGGUGGCACUGUUUAGCUCAAUGCUUUGGAUUUUCUACGCAUUUCUCAAGUCCAACACCACUCUUCUCAUUACCAUUAACUCUUUUGGUUGUUUCAUUGAGACCAUUUACGUUUGCUUCUAUCUCUUCUACGCUCCAAACAAGGUGCAAACCCUAAAGAUGAUUGUGCUUCUUAUAAUCUGCGGCUUCGGAUUGAUCGUAGUGUCGACUAUGUUCCUCGUGCGACCGUCGCAACGUGCGAUGGUGGUUGGUUGGAUUUGCCUCGUCUUCUCCUUGUGUGUGUUCGUUGCCCCAUUGUGCAUUCUGAGAAGGGUGAUACAAAGUGAGAGUGUUGAGUACAUGCCAUUUCUUCUAUCACUAUUCCUUACACUUAGCGCCGUCAUGUGGUUUUUCUAUGGCCUUCUAAUCAAAGAUUACAACGUUGCAGUUCCAAAUGUGGUAGGCUUCAGUUUUGGCGUGCUUCAAAUGGCACUCUAUGUAAGGUACAAAAACUGCGGAGAAGUUGAGUAUUAAGCAAAGGCUUCCAGAAUCAGUAUUAGCUCAAGUUGUAGUCUUAGAGGAACCAAAAUUUACAGAACAAAUUAUCAGCAUUGUCAAAC